GGUGCCCCCCGCUGGCCCGGUGCAUUGUGGGACAGCGACAGGCAGUGUUUUCACACAGCUAGUCGACAGUUGCGUUUGCCGUGCAUUUUGCAGAACGGUAUGGGGGAGAAUGGGAAGCCACCGUACUGACUCUUCGCAGUGAAAGCUCCGCACGGAUUCUGCGGUUUUAGGUGGUACACGCACUGCCACUCUGCUGCCUCCCAGAAACCAUCAUGCCUUAUGGAAUAUUCAUUCAGCACCAGUGACUUUCCAGUGGGAUCCAUGUUUACAACAACAGUUAAUUUUGCCAACACUUAGCCUCAUAGCACUUUCUUUUUAAAUCGCUCCUGUUCCCAGUGCAAAGCGUAAGCCCCCCCAUACAGCUGCAUCUCGAUUCCCGAUUAUCAGCUUCUCUCCCUUUACAAGAGGAUAACCCUCUAUCAUGAGAUUCCGAAUCUACAAGAGGAAGGUGGUGUUACUGACUCUGGUGGUUGUCAUAUGUGGCCUGGCUUUCUGGAGCAGUGGAAGGCAGAAGAAGAACGACAGUGGAUCGUUACCCAGGGAAGUGGAGGCGGUGCGGAGGAGCCACGUUAUUAGCAGCAGCAGCAGUAAUAGCGUCAACAGUCAUAACCAGGAACAAGCAACGCCAGCGGUCAGUCGGGCACCUGUCCCAGCACCUGUUAUACAAGCAAAUGACACACACCAAGAAAAAGAAAAGGACAAAGCCAAAAUAUCCAAGCCAGAUGUGGAUAAUACCACUUUAGUCUACCGUGGCAUUGUCUUCCAGCUAAACUUUGAUCAGACGAUAAGAAAUGAAGAGAAAUUUAAGAUGACUCGAAAGAAGGACGAUUUGGUUGUAGUAGUUCAGGUCCAUAACCGACCAGACUAUCUAAAGCUAUUAGUAGACAGUUUACGAAAGGCCAGAGGUGUGGAUAGCAUACUGCUGAUAUUCAGCCAUGAUUACUGGUCCCCUGAGAUUAACAAAGUGGUUGCCUCUAUUGACUUCUGCCAAGUCCUCCAGAUUUUCUUCCCCUUCAGCAUCCAGCUGUACCCACAGGAGUUCCCUGGAAACGACCCUAGGGACUGCCCCAGAGACAUCCCCAAGAAAGACGCCUUAAAACUGGGUUGCAUUAACGCAGAGUACCCUGACUCGUUUGGACACUACCGGGAGGCCAAGUUUUCCCAGACCAAGCACCACUGGUGGUGGAAGCUUCACUUUGUAUGGGACAGAGUUCGAGUUCUCAAAGACCAUAAGGGUCUCGUUCUUCUGAUCGAAGAGGACCACUACUUGUCUCCGGACUUUAUCCAUCUCUUAAAGCAAAUGACUGCUCUGAAAAGGGAGCAGUGCACAGACUGCGAUAUCCUCUCACUGGGGAGCUACAGCCACAUUGGCUACUCCAGCAAAGCAAAUAAAGUGGAGGUGAAACCCUGGAAGUCCACCGAGCACAACAUGGGGAUGGCUCUAAGUAGAGAGACGUACCAGAAACUCAUCCAAUGCACCGACACCUUUUGCACUUAUGAUGACUACAACUGGGAUUGGUCUUUACAACACUUGACUGUGUCAUGCCUGCCCUCCUACUGGAAGGUCAUGGUGAGCGAGGCACCACGGAUUUUCCAUGCCGGAGACUGUGGCAUGCACCACAAGAAGGCUUCUUGCAUGCCCGUUAACCAGAAAACCAAGAUAGAAAAUAUCCUACAGAGCAGUGGGAACCAGUUGUUCCCAAAAAACCUCCUGAUCACAAAGAGACUGCCAGCCAACGGGGCAGGAGGAGUGGCCCCACAUGUGAAAAAUGGGGGCUGGGGAGACAUCAGGGAUCAUGAACUCUGCAAGAGCUAUGUUCGAUUACAGUGACCUUAAUUGCUACUAUUAUAUAUUAUUGUCUCUUUUGCAUCCUAUAUAAAGAAAAAGUAAAUCUUUAUGGACUAUUCUUAAUAUUGCCUGUUUUAUUGGCUUGUUCCAAAUAAAGACGAAUGUUGGAUUUUUGGCUUCUUUAACACAAA